AUGUAAAAAAGAGGCUCCCACUCGCACUGUUUGUCUGCUCAGAACAUCUUUGGUCUCUGCAUUUCUUGUUCUACUUUGGACGAAAGUCUUUUGGAGUUUUCAUCAAUUUGUGUAUUUUAGUUGAAUCUUGCUGUUCUUGGUUCAAUCUUGGCAGAAAAACAGCAGAAACAAGAAGAAAAUAUGAAGGUUCACGAGACAAGAUCACAUGCUCAUUCAUCUGGUGACGAUGAAAGGAAGAUAACGAGGAAGCAAAAGGCUGAGGGCAAAACCGCUGAAGCUGAGGCCGAGCAGUCGCCAAAGAAGGCGAAAAUAGAGGAUGAGGACAAAACCAAGAAUGAGAAUGGCCAGGAAAAUGGGAAGUCAACUGAAGACAUUAAAGUAGAAUUUGAGAAAUUCUGCAAAGCAACGAGUGAGCAUCUCUCGAUCCAGCAGAUGCGCGAAAUUCUGGAAGCCAAUGGCCAGGAUGCCAGUGGCGCCGAUGAUGCAGUUGUGCCGAGAUGCCAAGAUAUCUUAUUCUAUGGGCCUCUAGAUAAAUGUCCCGUUUGUGGUGGCAAUCUGGAGGUCUCUGAUACAACCUACAUGUGCACGGGGGCAUAUAGUGAGUGGUCUAGUUGUACCUUUACCUCUCAGGAUCCUCCGAGGAGGGAUGAGCCGAUCAAAUUACCCGACUCUGUUAAAGAUUCUGGUGUCGCUGAUUUGCUAAAGAAGUUUGAAGAUCGUAAAGGUCGCAUUCGCCCUGUGCUUCCUGGCACUGAUAAACCCUUCAGGGGAAUGAUGAUUGCUCUUUCAGGCCGUUUAACCCGAACCCAUCAAUACUGGAAGUCGAAGAUAGAGAAGCACGGAGGGAAAGUUGCCAACUCGGUCAUUGGAGCAACCUGUCUGGUAGUGUCUCCUGUUGAGAGGGAACGCGGUGGCUCAUCCAAGGUUGCUGAAGCAAUGGAGAGGGGUAUACCGAUAGUAAAGGAAGCUUGGUUGAGUGAGAGUAUUGAGAAAAAAGAGACACAGCCUCUGGAUGCCUUUAACAUCGUCAGUGAUCGUACUGUAGCUGGAAGACCCAUUCCGUUGUAUCAGCAGGAUGCAAGCGAGGAGGCUCUUGAAACCCUGACUGCUGAGCUUAAAAUGUUUGGGAAGAGGAGUGUGCACAAGGACUCAAAGUUGCAAGAUGAAGGUGGACAAAUACUUGAAAAGGAUGGAAUUUUGUACAACUGUGCUUUUGCUGCUUCUGAUCGAGGAAGAGGAGUGAAUGAAUUUUGCAUAGUGCAACUGAUUACGGUGCCUGAGAACCGUCUCUACAUGUACUAUAAGAGGGGUAGGAUUGGUGAUGAGGCUGGAGCAGAGGAGAGGCUGGAUGAGUGGGAAAAUGUAGACAAUGCGAUCAAAGAGUUCGCCAAACAGUUUCAAGGGUUGACAGGAAAUGAGUUCGAAACAUGGGAGAGGGAGAAGAAAAUCGAGAAGAAAAUCCAUAAGCUUUUCCCUAUCGACAUUGAUGACGGAGUUGAGGUACGGCACGGUGGGUUGGGCCUUAGACAGCUUGGGAUUGCUGCGGCACAUUGCAAGCUUGAUUCAGAGGUGGCAAAUUUCAUGAAAGUUCUAUGUGGCCAAGAGAUCUACAGGUAUGCAUUGAUGGAAAUGGGAUUAGAUUUUCCAGAUCUACCACUGGGUAUGGUUACUGAUUUGCAUCUAAAAAGAUGUGAAGAGGUUCUCCUGGAUUUUGUAAAUAGGCUCCAGUCAAACAAGGACACAGGGCAGAAGGGGGAGAGCUUGUGGUCUGAUUUCAGCCAACGGAUGUUUACACUUAUGCCUUCGACCAGACCUUAUGUUUUCCGAGAUUUUAGUGAUAUAGCUGAUCAUGGUGCAGCUGCAUUUGAAACUGUCAGAGAUAUAAACGUAGCUUCACGUCUCAUAGGAGACAUGUCCGGUGCGACUCUUGAUGAUCCUCUAUUUGAGCGGUAUAAGAAGUUGGGAUGCUCUAUAUCUCCAGUAGGAAAAGAUACAGAUGACUACAAGAUGGUAGCCAAUUAUCUGGAGAAAACAUAUGAACCUGUGAAAGUUGGAGAAAUUAGUUACGGGGUGUCCCUGCAGAAUGUAUUUGCCGUUGAAUUGAGUGCUUGCCCAUCCCUCCAUGAGAUCAGGAAGCUACCGAACAAAGUCCUCUUGUGGUGCGGCACCCGAAGCUCAAAUCUGAUGCGGCAUCUGCAGAAGGGAUUCUUGCCGGCAGUAUGUUUUCUGCCUGUCCCUGGAUACAUGUUUGGAAAGGCCAUAGUUUGCUCAGAUGCUGCAGCAGAAGCGGCCCGGUAUGGGUUCACGGCGGUUGACCGGCCAGAGGGCUUUCUGGUCUUGGCAGUGGCAUCCUUGGGCGAACGAGUAACUGAAUUGACAAGUCCUCCAGAGAACUCAACCUCAUUGGAAGAGAAGAAACUCGGGGUAGUGGGGAUAGGCCGGAAGAAAACGGAUGAAUCCGAGCAUUUCACCUGGAAGGAUGAUAUCAAGGUGCCAUGUGGUAAGCUGAUCCCAUCUGACCACGAGCAGAGUCAGCUUGAGUACAAUGAAUAUGCCAUCUAUGAUCCACAGCAGGUCAGCAUAUGCUUUUUGGUGGCUGUUAAGUUCGAAGAGAAAGACGUCGAAUAUGAUACUGCCGAGUAGAAAAGUGAUUCAUUUCAAUGGAAUUCAAAGGUGAAUCAGACCGUUGGUGGCCUAUUCUCAUCUUUAGAGGGUUGGUAAAUAGCAUCUUUUGUACCCUCCCUUUGCUGGCAAGUUUUGGAUGAAGGGUUCAUUUUGGGUGUUGUAUUGUCACGACACGCUGUUUAUGAUGGCAUGUUUUGCUUGUAUAUAGUUGUCAUCUCAAAACAAAGUAUCACAAACUUAUGUAAAGUUUGGAUUCCUGUGUACCUUUAUGUAUGGUUUCUAAAUAUGAUUUCUGCUC